UAUGACUAGGACGCUCCCGACGCGAGCACAGUCAUUCGAAUCCAGUAUUAGUGCGGUGUAGAGUGCUCGGUGUUUUAUAAUCCACUUACUCGAAUUUUCUCCUCUUUCUCUCUCUCUCUCUCUUUUCCUUUCUUUUUUUCGCGCGACUACGAUCGAUUAGUGUGUAAAAAUGCCUUUCAAGCCUGUGGAACAUCCAAAAUGCCCUAAAUGUGGCAAAUCUGUUUACGCCGCAGAAGAGCGAGUUGCCGGUGGACUGAAAUGGCACAAAACGUGCUUCAAGUGCGGUCUUUGCGGCAAACCGCUCGACUCGACAAACUGCUCCGAGCACGAGGGCGAGCUGUAUUGCAAAGUCUGCCAUGGCCGCAAGUUCGGCCCUAAAGGCUACGGCUUCGGUGGCGGAGCUGGCUGCCUGUCCAUGGACAAAGGCGAACAUCUUCAAGCGAAGGACGAGGGUGAAUUUUCGCGAGGUUCGAAUGCUAUUCUCGAGCCGCGGGCUAUAGCCAAGGCACCCGAGGGAGAGGGAUGUCCUCGCUGCGGAGGGUACGUUUAUGCCGCCGAGCAGAUGUUGGCCCGAGGAAGGGCUUACCAUAAACUGUGCUUCAAAUGCAAAAUGUGUCGCCGCACUCUGGACUCGACGCUUCAUUGCGAUGGUCCUGACCGCGAGAUAUAUUGUCGAGCUUGCUAUCCGAAGAAAUUCGGUCCGCGGGGUGUCGGCCACGCCGGGAUUAUGUGGAUCGGGCUGCAGUGCGAUAUUGAGGACGAGGGCGAUGCGGCUCCUCGCACCACCGUGAUCGACACCGCGAUAAUCAAGGCCCCACCUGGCAAGGGUUGUCCUCGCUGCGGUGGCGUUGUCUUCGCCGCUGAACAGGUGCUCGCCAAGGGUCGCGAAUGGCACCGGAAGUGCUACAAGUGCCACGACUGCACCAAAACCCUAGACUCGAUCAUCGCCUGCGACGGCCCGGACCGGGAUGUUUACUGCAAGACCUGUUACGGAAAGAAAUGGGGACCGCACGGAUACGGAUUCGCAUGUGGCUCGGGAUUCCUCCAGACCGACGGACUCACGGAGGAAGAAAUUUCGGCCAAUCGACCUUACUACAAUCCUGAUACGACCUCGAUUAAGGCGCCAGCUGGGCAGGGCUGCCCUCGUUGCGGUGGCAUGGUGUUUGCCGCUGAACAACAGCUCGCCAAGGGCACCAUGUGGCACAAGAAGUGCUUCAAUUGCGCCGAGUGUCACCGACCCUUGGACUCCAUGCUGGCAUGCGAUGGCCCUGACAAGGAAAUCCAUUGUCGCGCGUGCUACGGAAAGCUCUUCGGACCCAAAGGUUUUGGGUUUGGCCACAAACCGACUCUCGUCUCGACGAACGGAGAUCAUGCCCCCUCAUAUAUCGAUGCUAAACCCCAAGUUGGCCAGAAGCGAAACGACGGACACGGUUGCUCGCGCUGCGGCUACCCGGUGUACGCCGCCGAGCAGAUGAUCUCGAAGAACCGUGUAUGGCACAAGCGGUGCUUCAGCUGCGGCGAAUGUAACCGUUCCUUGGAUUCGACGAACUUGAACGAUGGCCCGGACGGGGACAUCUACUGCCGCGGCUGCUACGGCCGAAACUUUGGGCCCAAAGGUGUGGGCUUCGGAAUGGGCGCGGGCACCCUCACGAUGGCCUAAUUGACAGGUCCUACCCCCCUUACACGCCGCUCGAGGAAAACCCUCGAUCCAGUCUUAUAUAUUAAUGUAAAUACAUCUAUAUAUAGAGGCGUCUGACUGUAUAUCCGACGACAGACGAACGCGCUGCUCCGGGAUUUUCGAUUUCUCCUUUCCUAGCUUACGACGAUUCGAUAAUGUCGAUGACUACAUUUUCAUUAUCGCGAACAGCGCCGUAGUGGAGGCUAAUGGUGUCUGUUUGACUCCAUGGUCGACGAGGAUCGACCGCGCACGAGUAAGCCACUGCAGGCUGUUGAUAAUGUUGCGAUAUGAAAUCGCGCAUUGAUCGUAUUACAAAUAAAUUCAUUAUUGAAUUAAUUAAUUAAUAAUCUAUUUAUUCGUAGUACGGCACAAAUUUGUCGUUUUAAUAAUGGCAUUAUAAUUUUUCUCGUUCCAAAAUAUAUGAAUAUAUAUGCCUUUGGCACCAAAGAGAUUAGAAAACAUUUUUAGAAAUAUAGAAAGUACAUAUGAUCUUUUGUGUAUAUAUAUGCUUAUUUACAAUAAAAUACAUUUGCUUUUUAAAGACGUCUACUAUAAAACUUUCUUUGCUUUAAAUUCAUCACAGUCAGAUUAGAGGAAAUCGACUUUUGCCAUUAUUAAAAUAAUAACUUUCUCUGAUCGCAAGUUAUCGACAAUAUGUGGAUUUAUUCUUGCAGUCAAUUAGAACCAUUCACGCUCAAUCGUCACAAUGACUUGCACCGGUUGCUAUGAAGAUUUUACGAGGUUCGUAAACGUAUUGCAAAAGUUAAAACUGAAGUGCUAGUUUCACUCGCUAGAUAUUGUACUGCGAUUCUACUACGUUUCAUGCGAUUUUCAUAGCAGCCUGAGCGAUCUUUGACGACGAUACUACGCGCAAACGACUAAUCUGCUAACGAGUAAUUACGAACGCACGAAACUUUCGUUAUUUUCUUUUUUCUUCUUUUUUAUUCUUGAUCAGGAAAUAGGAGAUUACGACUCGACAAUCGAUCCGCGAAAUGUCAGACUUGAGAGUUGUAAAAACACUGGCAAAUUAAAUAUCUCUGAACUUAUAAUUAAUAGAAUUUAUUGCUAAAAUUGUUUUAUUUUUUUUUUUUUUUGUGAGAAUGAAAAAUUUCUUUUCUUCUGAUCUCUAUAUUUCUAUUUAUUUUUAUACUCGUUGAUCAAAAUUUAAUUUCCGAUAAUUUAAGACCUCUUUUUUUGUUAUUAUUUCAAUCCUAGACUUGUUAACAUAUUAAUUAUUACCCCAGAUUUGUCGAAAUAAAUAGAAGUUAGAAGACGUAUACAUAUUACAUAUUUACAGAAAGCUCAAGAAACGGAGAUAUUUUCAAUGAGUAAGAGUGUAUUUUGGUUCGCUAAUAACGAAAAUUGCCAGGCUGUUUUAUAUCGCUGAUAUUGCUCAUUGUUCAAUAUUUUGUAUCAUUUUAACAUUGCUCAAGAUUAAACACAUUAGAGAAUGCUUUCUUCUCUCUUUUAUUAGAACUGUGAAACAGAAUGCAUCAUGGAAAUUAAAGAUGCAUAGCUUUUUAACUGUUUCGCAUAACAACAGAUUGAAAUUAGUGAUCAUUACAAAAAACGAACAAAUAUCAUUUUUUGAUGGAUUUUUAACUUCCAGGCAAAGAUUCUGAUAUUUUACAGCGUAAUAAUUAAACACAUGGCAUCGAUUGCACAGCGGAUAUUCGCGGACGACAUAAACGGAUGAUUACGAAUAAAAUCUAUAUAACCGGGCUACGACCAGCAGCAACGAUGUAACCAACGAUUAAGACGAGAAACUAAUUUAAUUAUGAUUUUCAAUAAAUGUGUACUUGAAA